GCGGCCGCUCGGCGCACCAGGAAGAACACGCAACCCCAGCCGGUUGGGCGACGCUAUCUUGUGUGACAUUGUUUGUGUGGUGCACCUUGAAAUAUUCUUCUUCUAGAAACCAAGAAUUAACUACUUUUUCGUGGUCAAUUUAACAUUUGAGGCUAUGAUUUGGUAAUUUCAAAGUCACAAUGAAGAUUCACAUACUGAUCAGUGUGUUUUUGAUUUUCUUCAUUCUUGAAGAGUCAAAUCAACAUACACUGCGUAAACGCUCACCUUCCGCACGCCACGUGCCCUCCAACAAUGUACCAACAUUCCGAAGAGAUGCCGUUGAACAGAUGCCAUCUUGGGAGGAGAUUAUUCAUCGCUCCAUGCCUUACACUGACCUCUACGGAUCAAAAGCACUUCCCUUACGAGCAGCUGUAGAAAGCGUUCCGGAUGUCCUCUCAUCAACACGUAGAUUACCCUUGAGGGACUCAGUUGAACGCCGACCCCAUCCAGAUGAUGGUUACGAUAACAAUCUGGAUAUGAUCCCUGAUUUAGAUUUCGAAAGGAGUGCUUUUGAUAGAAAACCUGAGAAGAUUGUUUCUGUUGAUGAACAACCCGAACCUAACCAAGAUGGAUAUUUCUACACCCCGAAGAUACAGUUUCAGAAUUUGGUUAGGUCUAGUUAUUCUACACCUGUGUACAGGAUUGAUAAUGCUCAUCAACAGUUGUAUUAUCAACCUGUACCUUCCUUCCCAUAUUAUAAUUAUAGAUUCGGAAGAGCUGCAAGGUUUGAUAACUCCAUCGCUAAAGAGAAGAAGAUUGUGUGUUAUGUUCAGGGAGCCAGUUCCCAUCGUAAGGAACCCUUGGCCUUUGAACCUGAACACCUGGACCCAUUUGCCUGCACUCAUAUUAUCUAUGCCUUUGCAAAUUUGGACCCACAUACCUUCCAGGUGACAGCCAAUGAUGAAUAUGACAUUGUCCAAGGUGGAUACCUUUCUGUAACUAUGCGGAAGCAAGAGAACCCUGAUCUGAAAGUUCUUCUUGCUGUUGGAGGUCCUAAGGAAUUAAGUUCUAAUAGGUAUAGUCAGAUGGUUACUUCCGCUUUCCGUCGGAGGGCUUUCAUCAACUCUUUGAUCAAAUACAUCAAACAAUAUCAAUUUGAUGGAGUGGAUCUAUACUGGUUGAACCCAGGAGAUGAAGAAUUCUUAGGUCAUGCUUCUGAUAAAGAGUAUUACCUAAUUCUCCUUGAGGAACUCUCUGAAAUCUUCAGACAACAUAAUUGGAUCUUGUCUAUAUCAGCUCCAGCUAACAGAUUCAGGGUAGAAGAUGGUUUUGACCCUGCUCACUUGAACAAACUCGUUGAUUUUGUUAACCUGCAAGCCUAUGACUUCCACUUGGAGAAAUCCCCUAUGGCUGACCAUCCUGCACCUUUGAAUGCACGUUCUACUGAUGAGGACCUUGAAAGGUUUAAUAACGUUGACUACGCUGUCAAAUUCUGGUUGAAGAAGGGUUUAUCCAGAGAUAAAUUGAUUCUUGGUUUGCCAUUCUUUGGAAGGUCUUACACUUUGCAAUCUAAGGAUUCCACGGAAUUGGGGGCUUUGAUUAAAGGACCUGGUCAAGCAGGGUAUUACACUCAGAGACCUGGGUUCUUAGCUUUCUUUGAAAUCUGUGAUUUGCUCCUGGAUGAUAAACACGCAUGGGUUAAGGAUACUGAUGAUUCUGGAUCUCCGUAUAUUACCAAUGGUGAUCAAUGGAUUGGUUAUGAUGAUGUCGACAGUAUUGAGAGAAAGGUCCAAUACAUGAAGGAAAUGGAACUGGGAGGUGUCUUCACCUGGGCUUCAGAUUUAGACGACUUCAAAGGACUCUGCGGAACAAAAUGGCCGCUCCUGCGCGCUGUCAAACGUGUUUUGACAGGAGAACACAUGCAUGCUUUCCAACCUGAGGAAAUGCCCACAAAACCCUAUGGAACUUGUGAUUCUGAUGGGCUUUACAGUGAUAGACGUGAUUGCACUUCAUAUUUCGUCUGUCGCAGUGGAUUUUCUUACCAUUUGACGUGUGGUUCCGGUUUAAUGUUCAACCCUGAAACAGGGGGCUGUGAAUACAUAGAGGCAAACAUCUGCAGACCUGGACAAACCAUUCAUAUUCCAAAUACAAUCAAAUCUCUGGAGACUAUUCUGAGAAAUGAUAAAGUUUUGGACAACAGACCAAAAGUUGUGUGUUAUUUGACAAACUGGGCUUUCUAUCGUAAAGCAGAAGGAAAAUUUGUUCCUGAACAUCUUGAUGCACAGCUUUGUACACAUGUAGUGUAUGCUUUCGCUAGUUUGGAUCCGGAAACAUUGUUAAUGAAGGAGUUUGAUCCUUGGGCCGACUUAGAAAACAAUUUAUAUAGUCGUGUCACAGCAAUUCAUGACGUCCAGGUUCUGUUGUCCCUAGGCGGAUGGACAGAUUCCUCUGGUGAUAAAUACUCCCGUCUUGUUAGUGAUGGCAGUGCACGAAGGAAAUUCGUCGUUGGAGUUGUCAGUUUCCUCAGAAAACACAAUUUCAAUGGAUUGCAUCUUGAUUGGAAUUAUCCCGUCUGCUGGCAGAGCAAUUGCAACAAAGGUGCGGCCAGUGAUAAGCCCAACUUCAGUAAACUGGCAAUGGAACUCAAACGUGAAUUUGAUAAACAAAGUCCGCCAUUAAUCUUGGCCGCUGCUAUUUCUGGAUAUAAAGAAGUAAUUGAUGUUGCUUAUGAUCUGAGAACUCUAGGGGAGGAGUUAGACUUCAUGUCUGUUAUGUCCUAUGACUACCAUGGUAGUUGGGAGAAACAAACUGGGCAUGUGAGUCCGCUGAAUGGACGUGGUGGUGAAUUAUACCCACAAUACACUUCGAAAUAUGCUAUGGAUUAUUUGGUACAACAAGGUGCUCCUAAAGGGAAGUUGGUUAUGGGUGUACCAUUCUAUGGUCAGACCUUUACCCUGGCUAAAAGUGAUUCUCAUUCAGUGGGUGCCCCAUCAGUAGGACCCGGAGAACCUGGUGAAUAUACAAAGCAACCUGGCAUGUUGGCUUACUAUGAAAUCUGUAAUCGUGUUAAACAACAAAACUGGCAAACUGGUAUGGAUACCUCAGGACCCUAUGCUUACUAUGGUAACCAAUGGGUUGGUUAUGACAGUCCAGAUUCAGCAUAUGAAACACGUUUUGUGAAAGAUAAUGGUUAUGGAGGGAUUGUUUCCUGGACUGUUGAUUUGGAUGAUUUUACUAAUAGAUGCUGUCAGGGUACUUUCCCACUUCUACGUGCUAUCAACAGAGGUCUAGGGUUGUCCAACACACAACCAAUUAGUGACUGUACCAGACCAUCUACUCCCGUAACUCCUACACCUCCAAGUAUCACCACUGGUGUUGAUAGUGGGGCUUCUAGUACGGAAACAGCUUGGACCACAACAGAAACCUCUACAGUUUGGUGGGUACCUGAAUCAACCACACAAAGGAGAACUACAACCCGUGCACCAACUUCUACUACAACCCGUAGAACCACCACAACUUCAGCUCCUGUUUGGACUACAACAAUCCCACCUCCAGCUGUUAUAAUGCCUGAUAAAGAACCUUCUGAACCAAGGAAAUGCACAGGGAAUGAAUACCAACCUGAUGCCAACAACUGCAACGCAUACUACAGAUGUAUCCUAGGAGAAUUUAAGAAACAGUAUUGUGUUGGAGGUCUCCACUGGAACAAGGACAGCAAUAUCUGUGAUUGGCCCACAAAUGCUAAAUGUGAAGAAGUACAAGCUGACCCUGUUGAAACAACAUUCAGACCAACCACCUUGAGACCAACUCCUCAGAGGACAACCACAACUACCACUAGAAGACCAAGACCUACCACAACCCCUGCUAACCUUGAAAACUGCAACAAUGGUCAAUACUACGCUCAUGAACAAUGCAACAGUUUCUACGUCUGUGUCAACGGUCAACUUGUCACACAACGUUGUGCACCUGGGUUACAAUGGCAUGCUGAAGACCAAAGAUGCGAUUGGGGUUACAGAAUUAAGUGCAUGGAUCGCAAACAGGUCGCAGCAUUCGAAAGUGAUAAAUUCAGCAAAGUUGUGGAAGCAUCUUUCGGUGUCCCGUAUGAAUCCUGUGAGUCUGGUAACUUUGCUGGUUAUGCAGGUGACUGUACCCAAUAUUUGAUCUGCAUGUGGGGUAAAUACGAACCUUUCUCCUGCGCUGAUGGUUUACACUGGAAUAGCGAAAGGAAAAUCUGUGACUGGCCUGAUAAUGCCAAAUGUACUGAAGGGACAACUGGGGGACAACCAAGUGUACCAUCUGAAGGUGGUGACCCUGUUAGACCUACAAAGAAACCUGGAACCACUACAACCACAACAGAAUUUGUACCUGAAGAACCUUUUGAACCACAAAGUGGGCAUUAUAAGAUUGUGUGUUACUUUACCAACUGGGCAUGGUACAGAAAAGGUGCUGGAAAGUACGUCCCUGAAGAUAUUGACCCUAACCUAUGCACACAUAUUGUUUAUGGGUUCGCUGUGUUGGAUUACUCUGAUUUGAUCAUUAAACCUCACGAUUCCUGGGCAGACUUUGAUAAUAAAUUCUACGAGCGUGUGGUUGCUUAUAAAAAGAAGGGUUUGAAAGUGACCAUGGCCAUUGGAGGUUGGAAUGAUUCCCAGGGAGAUAAAUAUUCACGUCUUGUGAAUUCUCCAGCUGCUAGAGCAAGGUUUAUCACGAAUGUGAUUGAAUUCCUUGAGAAACACAACUUUGAUGGUCUGGAUCUUGAUUGGGAGUAUCCCAAGUGCUGGCAGGUUGAUUGCAAGAAGGGUCCUGAUUCUGACAAGGCUGCUUUCGGUGCUUUUGUAAGAGAAUUAUCCGCGGCGUUCAAACCUAAAGGUCUUCUUCUCUCUGCUGCUGUUUCUCCAAGUAAAACUGUUAUAGAUGCAGGUUAUGAUGUACCAGCAAUGGCCGCAUCUCUUGAUUGGGUCGCUGUGAUGACCUAUGAUUAUCAUGGUCAAUGGGAUAAACAAACUGGACACGUUGCACCUAUGUACGUCCAUCCAGAAGAUGAAGUCACUUUCUUCAAUACGAACUUUACAAUCAACUACUGGAUCUCCGAAGGUGUUCCAAGUAGGAAGAUAGUAAUGGGCAUGCCACUUUAUGGUCAAUCUUUCCGGUUGGAGAACAAAAACAACAAUGGGUUGAACGCUAAAGCAUCCGGACCUGGAGAAGCCGGUGAAUUCACACGUGCAGCUGGUUUCCUGGCUUAUUAUGAAAUCUGUGACAGAAUUAAAAACCGUGGGUGGACUGUGGUCAAUGAUCCCAAGAUGCGUCUUGGUCCCUAUGCUUACAACAAUGAACAAUGGGUGUCCUUUGAUGAUAAGGACAUGAUCCGUCAUAAAUCUGAAUACAUUCGUAAGAUGAACCUUGGAGGUGGUAUGAUUUGGGCUUUGGAUCUUGAUGAUUUCAAGAAUAGAUGUGGAGGAGGUAAACACCCAUUGUUAUCUACCAUCAGAAGGGUAUUAGGACCAGCACCAACUCAAGCUGAAUUAGCUGGUCCACAAUUACCACAAGAACCUGUUGUUGUUGAGGAAGAUGAAUUUGUUAAUCAACCGGAGAUUAUCGAAAAACCUAUGGUUCCAAAUGCGGGUACUGAAGUUGCUAACUACAAUCCUAACUCAGAAUACAAAGUGGUGUGUUAUUUCACCAACUGGGCGUGGUACAGACAAGGAAAUGGUAAAUAUUUACCAGGGGACAUUGAUCCAGAUCUGUGUUCGCAUAUUGUUUAUGGUUUUGCUGUGCUUAAUGGAGAUGAAGGUAUUAUUAAACCUCAUGAUACCUGGGCUGACUUUGACAACAAAUUCUAUGAAAAGGUCACCGCUUUCAAAGCAAAGGGUAUCAAAGUAUUGAUUGCUAUUGGAGGUUGGAACGAUUCCGCCGGUGAUAAAUACUCUAAAUUAGUAAACAACCCUUCAGCAAGAAGGAGGUUUAUCACCCAUGUUGUUGAUUUUAUUGGAAUGCAUGGUUUCGAUGGUUUGGAUCUUGAUUGGGAGUAUCCCAAGUGCUGGCAGGUGGAUUGCAACAAAGGACCGGAUAGUGACAAGGAAGCUUUCGGUGCUUUUGUUAGAGAAUUGUCGGAAGCAUUCAAACCUAAAGGAUGGUUGUUAUCCGCUGCUGUUUCCCCUAGUCGUAGAGUGAUUGAUGCGGGUUAUGAUGUCCCUGCGAUGUCCCAAUAUCUGGAUUGGAUUGCUGUUAUGUGUUACGAUUACCAUGGUCAAUGGGAUAAGGUCACCGGACAUGUUGCGCCCAUGUAUGCUCAUCCAGAAGAUGCUGAUGUCACCUUCAAUACUAAUGCUACUAUUCACUACUGGAUCCAAAAAGGUGCUGAUCCCAGAAAGUUGGUGCUUGGUAUGCCAACGUAUGGUCAAUCAUUCUCGCUUGCGGAUUUGAGUGACCAUGGUCUCAACGCUCCUACUUAUGGUGGUGGUGAAGCUGGUGAUCAAACACGUGCUCGUGGAUUCCUUUCAUACUACGAGAUAUGUCAAAAUAUUAAACAAAAACGCUGGAAGGUUGUUCGGGACCGUAAAGGACGCAUUGGUCCAUAUGCUUAUUUAGGAGAUCAAUGGGUGUCUUUUGAUGACCGGGACAUGAUCCGCCACAAGUCUGAAUACGUGAAAUCCAUGGGUUUGGGUGGUGGUAUGAUCUGGGCAUUGGAUCUUGAUGAUUUUAAGAAUCUGUGCAACUGUGAAACUUACCCGCUUCUGAAAACCAUCAACAGAGUACUGAGGGACUAUUCUAAACCAGAACCAAUAUGCAUCCUAGAAGAACCAUCUCAAUCUAGUGAAACAACAAUGCAAACAACUCGGAAACCACCUACGGAAGCGGUCACCUGGUGGAGACCAGAAUCUACUACAAAACCAUCAAGACAGGAACCAACGACACGACCAUCGAAUGUUAUCCCACCUGUAGAACAACCUGAAGUACCUUCGGGAAGUGCACAGGGUCAACCCUGUCGUGGGAACAUCUUUGAAGCACAUGAAACUGAUUGUAAUGCUUACUACCUCUGUAUCCAUGGUAUUCUACAAUUGCAACGUUGUAGUGGUGGACUCUACUGGUCCAAGGACCAUUGCGACUGGCCUGCUAACACUCAAUGCCAACAAGGAGCAACUGCCGUAGAAGUGCCUCAGAACCCAGAACCAAUUGUGGUAACCAAACCCGAACCGGAAGUAACUACAUUCCGACCAACAUACAAACCAACCCGUAUCACCACACCUAGACCAUCAAGACCAGGUGUAACCAACGAUGAAAAAAUGGUCGUUUGCUACUUUACAAACUGGGCAUGGUAUAGACAAGGCGAUGGUAAAUACUUACCAAGUGAUAUCGAUGCAGAUCUCUGCACACACAUCACCUAUGGUUUCGCCGUCUUGGAUCCUAAUACCCUCACAAUCAAAACACAUGAUUCCUGGGCAGAUAUUGACAAUGACUUCUACAACAAAGUGGUUGCCUAUAAAAAGAAGGGCGUAAAGGUCCUCAUAGCCAUUGGAGGUUGGAAUGAUUCCCUUGGUAAUAAAUAUUCACGUCUGGUGAAUAACCCCGCAUCAAGGGCCAAGUUCAUUGAGGAUAUUAUCAGAUUCAUCGAAAAAUACGAUUUUGAUGGUUUGGAUCUGGAUUGGGAAUAUCCCAAGUGUUGGCAGGUUAAUUGUGAUCAAGGACCUGAUUCGGACAAACCUGCUUUUGCUCAGUUUGUUGCUGAACUCCGCGCUGCUUUCAACCCACGCGGAUGGUUGCUCUCUGCUGCUGUAUCACCAAGCAAAGCAGUAAUUGACGCUGGAUAUGAAGUUUCCAGUUUGAGUCAGAACUUUGAUUGGAUUGCGGUUAUGUGCUACGAUUAUCAUGGUCAAUGGGACAAGAAAACUGGUCAUGUUGCUCCAUUAUAUUAUUAUCCUGGAGAUGAUUAUGAUUACUUUAAUAUUAAUUAUACUAUUCAUUACUGGAUUGAAUUGGGAGCUGACCCUAAAAAAUUGGUUCUGGGAAUGCCUUUGUAUGGUCAAUCAUUCUCUCUGGCGGAUACAAAUGAACAUGGAUUGAACGCUAAGUCAUAUGGUCCAGGAGAAGCUGGAGAGUUUACCAGAGCUGGUGGAUUCCUUGCUUUCUAUGAAAUCUGUGACAAAGUGAAGCGUUCGAGCUGGAAGGUUGUCAGGGAUCCUGAGGGUAGGAUUGGGCCGUAUGCGUAUAGUGCUAAUCAAUGGGUUUCUUAUGAUGAUAUUGCUGAUAUUAGAAGAAAGAGUGAACUGAUUAAACAAUGGGGCCUGGGAGGCGGAAUGAUUUGGGCAUUAGAUUUGGAUGACUUCCGCAAUCGUUGCGGUUGUGGCAAGAGUCCUCUACUCAGGAAUAUGAACAAUGUGCUCAGGAACGUGCCAUUAGACAAGCAAAUCGAGAAUUGCACAUAAGACUAGUUGUACAACGUGAAUGUGAUUUAACCGCGAUAUUUUUCCACUGUAAGGUACAUGAGAUUACGCUAAGCCAUAUGUUUAUUAUUUCAAACCUAAUGCUAAGAUUUACUUUAUAUCAUAGCGUAAUUAAUCUUUUGUUUUGUCGAAUUUUCGUUUUCUUCUUCUUCACAAGCACCUGCUGAUGAAAUGGCAUGGCUUUGUGAACAUGUAAGGACUCGAAAAUCAUUUACUGCUUCCUAUAGUCCGUAAUAUCUAUCGAGGAUUAAACUGAUAUGUGGAGAGGAGUUUUAGGGUAGAUUAUUUUGUAAUAUGAUCAUUUCAAUCAUUAUGACUGCUAUUGAUUGCAAAGGAAUAAAGAAAUAAACUUUAACGAUUCAA